AUGAAGGCACUUGUCUACAGAGGCCCUGGCCAGUGCGGCUUGGAAGAUCGUCCUGUUCCCAAGAUCCAGGAGGCCUCCGAUGCCAUAGUGAAAGUCGUCUAUACAACGAUCUGUGGGACCGACACACACAUCUUGAAGGGGGACGUCCCGACGUGUACGCCUGGCCGUGUCCUUGGACAUGAAGGUGUUGGCGUUGUCGAGGAGCCAGGUCCAGGAGUCUCGCGGUUCAAGAAGGGAGAUCGUGUCCUCAUCAACUGCAUUUCCAGCUGUGCCACUUGCAACUACUGCCGGAGAGGGAUGCCCAGCCACUGCGUAAGUGCAGGAUGGAUCCUCGGAAACACCAUCGACGGAACGCAGGCCGAAUAUGUCCGCAUCCCGUUCGCUGACAGUGGCCUACACCACGUCCCCAAAGGCGUGGAUGAAAAGGCGCUGGUCAUGCUGUCCGACAUCUUUCCCACGGGACUCGAGUGCGGGGUGCAGAAUGGCAAAGUCCAGCCCGGGUCGACUGUCGCCAUUGUCGGCGCGGGUCCCGUGGGCCUUGCGGCGCUGAUGACCUCCAGGCUCUACUCGCCGAGUCUGAUCAUCAUGAUCGACCGGGACCCCAACCGUCUCAAAGUCGCAAAGUAUUUCGGGGCUCACUACACCGUGAACAGCGCCGAGGCGUCACCCCUGGAAACGGUCAUGAAGCUGACGGACAACAUCGGUUGCGACACGGUGAUGGAAGCCGUCGGCGUGCCCGAGACGCUGGAAAUGGCUCAGGAUCUCGUGGCGCCGGGCGGGACCAUCGCCAACGUCGGCGUGCACGGCAAGAGUUGCGAACUGAAGAUCGAGAAGUUGUGGGUGCACAACAUCUCGCUGACCACUAGGCUCGUCGACACCGUCACCACGCCGAUGCUGCUGAAGCUCUUCGCCGCGGGCAGCAUUAACCCGGGACAGUUGAUCACGCACGAAUUUCCGUUCACGGACAUGGACAAGGCGUAUACUACUUUCAAAGCCGCUGCGGAGCACAACGCCUUGAAGAUGUUGAUCACGGUGUAA